AUGACUGACACGGUGAUGAGCAGUAGCUCAGAUCGCUGGGUGCCCAACGACAUGCAGAAAACCAUGCACGCUAGUGAUAAAGACCAGGGCAAUUGGACCAUGCAACCUGGCCCUGGUCCUGGAUCUGCACCAGACCUUACAGAUGAAGAAAAAGAAAUCAUAAAUGGUGUGAUAGCACGAGCUGAGAAAAUGGAGGCCAUGGAGCAAGAGAGGAUCGGGCGCUUGAUAAACCGCUUGGAUGAUAUGAAGAAGACAGUGUGUGGGGAUGGACUGUCUCGUUGCGUGCUUUGUGGGGAGCAGCUGGGCACACCUGGGGUCAGUUCAGUGGUGUGUGAGGACUGCAAAAAGAACAUGUGUACUAAAUGUGGUACCCAGUGUGGCAGCAGGCCCCGUGCUGUGUGGCUCUGCAAGAUCUGCAGAGAACAACGUGAGGUAUGGAAGAGGUCUGGCGCCUGGUUCUUUAAAGGAUUCCCUAAACAAUUCCUUCCUGCACCCAUGCCAUUAUCUAAACCGAAAGACCAACGUGCCCAGGAAGAAGCCUCUAAACCUGAGGAGGCAACUUCGCAACAAGAACCUGAACCGAAGGGCCGUGCUGGUUACCCACCUGUGGCCCCCAAACCAUCAGUUGUGCGCAUGGCCACCGGCAAUGCUGGCCCUGAAGAGGCGGAGCAUGGAAGCCCGGUGGUGAUGAAGCGAAUGGUGCCCGUUCAAAGCUCCAGACCGCAGCCCGUUGUGACGUCCUCAAUGAAUCUGCAGGGUCAGCUGGGACGUGAAGGAGCCGCUUACUCUUCUGGUGCAGUCCCUUCAGAGCCGAGAGCACCUCCUGCUGUACGAGAGGACAGAAGGCAGCCCGCUGCUUACAGUGCUCCUCCUGCUCGACAUCAACCUCCCCCUGCGGCGGAGGAAGAGGAGGCCAACGACUAUGACUCUGAUGAAGCCACCACUCUGGGCUCUCUUGAAUUCAGUCUGAUGUAUGACCAGGAAAGCAACAGCCUUCAUUGUAGCAUCCUCAAAGCAAAGGGCUUGAAACCAAUGGAUUCAAAUGGAUUGGCAGAUCCUUAUGUCAAGCUUCAUCUGCUGCCAGGGGCUAGCAAGUCAACAAAGCUGCGCACAAAGACCCUGAGAAACACCCGCAACCCUGCUUGGAAUGAGACGCUCACCUAUCACGGCCUGACAGAUGAUGACAUGCAGCGCAAGACCCUUAGGCUAUCUGUCUGCGAUGAGGACAAGUUUGGGCACAAUGAGUUCAUUGGGGAGACCCGUGUGGCACUGAAGAAGCUGAAAUUGAACCAGAAGAAAAAUUUUAACGUGUGUCUGGAGAGAGUUGUUCCAACAAAGAGAACGGCAACAGCCGGUGGAGCUCGAGGCAUAGCUCUCUAUGAAGAUGAGUCCGGAAAAGACGGUGGUGAGGCAGAAGAACGUGGUCGCAUUCUUAUCUCCCUCAUGUACAGCACUCAGCUGAACCGCCUACUUGUAGGUGUGGUGCGCUGCGUUCAUUUGGCUGCGAUGGAUGCCAAUGGAUAUUCUGACCCCUAUGUCAAAAUAGUUCUGAAACCUGACAUGGGGAAGAAGGGCAAGUGCAAAACUCAGAUCAAGAAAAGGACGUUAAACCCAGAAUUUAACGAGGAAUUCAGCUUUGAUAUCAAACACAGUGAACUGGCUAAGAAGACUUUAGACGUCUCAGUGUGGGAUUAUGAUAUUGGAAAGUCCAAUGACUAUAUUGGGGGCUGUCAGCUGGGCAUCACUGCCAAAGGAGAGAGGCUAAAACACUGGUAUGAGUGUUUGAAGAACAAAGACAAGAAGAUUGAGCGUUGGCACACCUUGUUGAAUGAGAAUCACACUGCUAGUGAUUAA